AGGAGGAGGGAGGAUAAGUGGAUAAAAGGAGGGUGCUGCAGAGUGAGUCUACAUUGGCAGCAGAUAUGGGGUCAGGUAGGAGAACGUGUCUGCUGUGGCUGCUGGCCUUUCUGGCCUUUUCCUCUUUAACUUCUCUGGUUGAUGGAACUCAACUGAAUGUGAUGUCUGCACCCAACUUGUUGAGAGUUGGAACAGCAGAAAACAUCUUUGUGGAAAUCCAAGACUUCGGAGGGACAAACGACGUUCAAGUUGAAAUCAGAGUUUUGAGUUUUCCAACCAAAGUUACAGAGUAUAAAAAAAUAUCUGUGACCCUUAACGCCACAGCUUCUUUCCAGGCCCUGGGACGAAUUACGAUCCCUCCUGCAAAAUUCAGUCAGGAAGAAACCCAGUUUGUGUAUCUACAAGCUAGAUUUCCUGAUGAAACGCUGGAGAAAAUCGUCUUGGUGUCCUUCCAGGCUGGGUACAUCUUCAUCCAGACUGACAAGACACUCUACACACCCAAGAGUAAUGUCGAUUACAGGGUGUUUGCAGUAACGCCGGGCAUGGAGCCUGUUGACAAGGGCACUUCAACUGAUGAUACUAUUUCCAUUGAAGUUAAGACCCCUGAAGGCCUCAUUGCUAAAAGUUCUCUCACCUCUGUGAAAUCCGGAAUCCUCUCUGGUUCUCACCGACUUGGUGGAAUUGUCAGUUAUGGAAUGUGGAAAUUGGAGGCGAAGUUCAGCAGCAACCCACAGCAGAGCUUUACUGCAGCGUUUGAGGUCAAAGAAUAUGUGCUGCCCAGUUUUGAGGUUAAACUGGAACCUGAGAGUCCGUUCUACUACACGGACAGUGAAGAACUCACCGUCAACAUCAAAGCUACGUAUCUGUUUGGUAAAAAAGUGAAUGGGAUGGCCUAUGUGGUGUUCGGAGUGGUUUUCCAAAGUCGUGAAAAGAAGGGCUUUCCAGAUUCUCUCCAGAGAGUGCAGAUUACGGAAGGUACUGGACAGGUCAAACUGAAGAAGGAACACAUCAAAAAUAUCUACUCAAAUAUCUUGGACCUGGUGGGGAAUUCCAUAUAUGUAUCUGUCAGUGUGCUGACGGAGGACGGAGGCGAAAUGGUGGAGGCACAGUACAAAGGUAUCAAGAUUGUCACAUCACCUUACACCAUCCGCUUCACGAAAACGCCAAAAUAUUUCAAACAAGGGAUGGCCUUCGAUAUUGCGGUUGAAGUUGUGAACCCUGAUGGCAGUCCUGCAAAGGGUGUUAGGGUGGUGGCGACUCCAGGCCCGUCGCCAGGCAGAACUGCAGCAAAUGGCAUAGCGAGACUUUCCGUCAAUCCACAAAACAGCAAACAGCUGACUGUUCAAGUAACAACAGAGGAUAGUCGAAUAGGAGCAGAUAGACAAGCAUCAGCUACCAUGGUAGCUGUCGCACAUACCACAACAAACAACAAUUUUAUCCACAUAGGUGUGGAUACAGCUGAGCUGGAAAACGGACAAAACCUGAAAGUCCUGCUUAGUGUCAAUAAGCAGGAGAGAGAGUUUGACGUCACAUUACUGAUCCUGAGCAGAGGUCAACUGGUUACAUGUAAACGACAGUCCAUCAAUCGUCAAACACAGAUUGCUGUAACACUUAUUGUUACCAAAGAAAUGCUGCCAUCAUUCCGUAUCAUAGCUUACUACCAUACAAGUGCUAAAGAGGUGGUAUCAGACUCUGUUAGGUUGGACGUCAAGAUCUCCUGUAUGGGCUCGUUGAAGUUGGAACCAACUAUACCUGCUCCGUCCUUUGAGCCUACCAGCCCCUUUGAACUGAAGGUCACUGGAGACCCAGGGGCCAAAGUAGGACUGGUGGCAGUUGACAAAGGUGUUCAUGUCCUAAACAACAAGCACUAUCUGACCCAGAAAAAGGUGUGGGACACCGUAGAGAAGUAUGACACAGGCUGCACACCAGGUGGAGGGAAGGACAGUAUGGGUGUGUUCUAUGAUGCUGGGCUGAUGUUUAAAUCCAGUGCAUCUGAGACUCCCGUCAGAGAAGCACACAACUGUCCGGUCCCAAGCAGGAGGAAACGAGCCACCACUAUAACAGAGGCCAGAACCAGCUUGGCGAGUCAGUAUAAAAACGAUUUACAACGUGAGUGUUGUUUGGAUGGUAUGAAGGACAUCCCCCUUUCUUACACCUGUCAGAGGCGCAGCGAAUACAUCCAAGAUGGUCAAGCCUGUAGGGAUGCCUUCCUUCAAUGCUGCAAUGAGAUGACAGUUGUGCGAGCUAACAGGAAGGUGGAAGAGCUACAACUUGCUCGUAGUGAGGAGGAAGAUGGUUACAUUGAUAGCGUUGACAUUGUCACUCGCACCAAUUUUCCGGAAAGUUGGCUGUUUACAGUCAUUGACUUGCCUCCUUGCAGUGACCCAAGCCGUGGCUGUGAAACCACAUCAGCAGUGAAACAUGAUCUUUUAAAGGACUCAAUCACAACCUGGCUGUUCACUGGCAUUAGUCUGUCAAGAACUCACGGUGUCUGUGUGUCCGAUCCAUUAGAGGUCAUUGUCUGGAAGAGGUUCUUUAUUGAUCUCAAGGUGCCAUACUCUGCUGUCCUUGGAGAGCAGGUGGAAAUUAAGGCAAUUCUCCACAACUACAGAACCCAGCCUUCCACGGUCCGUGUGGAUCUGUUUGAGGAGUCGCAUUUGUGUAGUGCAGCUUAUAAGAGAGUUAAGUUUAGACAAGAAGUUGAGGUUGGUGCCGAAAGUACCAGAUCUGUACCCUUCGUCAUUAUUCCCAUGGAACCUGGAGAAUGGGAAAUUAAGGUCCACGCUGCUGUCAGAGGCGGUGAGCUCAGUGAUGGAAUCAUGAAAAAACUGCGGGUGGUGCCUCGAGGAAUACUGACGAAAAAAUAUACAACUGUAACAUUAGACCCUGCUAGGAGAGGUGGGACUCAACGGGAAUUAAUCAACAGUCAAAUUGAUCCGAAAGAUAUAGCACCCGGCGUAAAACCGCACGCAGAAGUCUCUUUGACAGGAAGAGAGCAGAUGAAUGCACUAUUGGACAAUGCUAUUAGUGGAAAGUCUUUGGGUACCCUGAUCCAAGCACCUUCAGGCUGCGGCGAACAAAACAUGAUCGGAAUGACCCUGCCUGUUACUGCAGCCAUGUAUUUGGACAGAACUGACCAGUGGAAAGCUGUGGGUGUUUCGAAACGUCCCGAAGCUAUCCAACACAUUCAAACAGGCUACCAGAAUCAGCUUGCUUUUCGUAAAAGUGAUGGCUCUUUUGCUAUGUAUCAGUUCUAUCCCAGCACCACCUGGCUGACAGCCUAUGUUGCCAAGGUGUUUUCCAUGGCAGACCAUCUGGUCGGAGGGCAACGUUCAGUGAUCUGUGACGCUGUUAAGUUUCUGAUUCUUAAUACACAGCAACCUGAUGGCAUGUUUACCGAGAUCGGAGAUGUGUACAUGAAAUCAAUGAUUAGUGAUGUACAAGGCGUAGAUUCAGAUGCUUCCAUGACCGCCUUCUGCCUCAUUGCCAUGCAGGAGUCACGAUCAAAAUGUCCGGAUAUUGAUAGCCUGCCACACACUAUAAACAAAGCAGUGAACUACCUGGAGACCCGUCUGCCCAGCGUAACCAACCCAUAUGCUGUGGCAAUGACAUCAUAUGCCCUGGCCAACGAAAACAAACUGAACAAGGAUAUCCUCUUCAAGUUUUCUUCCUCAGGGACACACUGGGAAACAAUUUUAGGGGAUAUUUACACUCUGGAGGCCACAGCUUAUGCUCUUCUUGCUCUGGUCAAGACAAAGGCCAUAGCAGAAGCCAAACCUAUUGUCGAAUGGCUCAAACAACAGCAGCGGUGGGGUGGUGGCUAUGGAUCGACUCAGGCUACUAUAAUGGUGUACCAGGCUGUAGCAGAAUAUUGGGCCAAUUCUCCAGAACCAGAGUAUAGUCUGGACGUGGACCUGAGGUUGCCAGGCAGGCAACUGGAUAUUAGGUACCAUUUCAACAGCAAGACCCUCGACACCAAAUCAAAUAAGUUCAAUGACAUAAACACAAAUGUAAGCUUGACUGCCAAAGGAAAUGGAUCAGCAACAUUCACAAUGGUGUCGCUGUAUUAUAUUCUGCCUGAAUCAAUGGAAAGUGACUGUCAGAGGUUUAACUUAUCAAUUGAUGUCAAACCCGAGAAAAUGGAUGACGCUGAGAACAUAUACAAGCUAACAAUAAGGAUUUUGUCUAAGGAUCGUACUGCAUUGAUGCCAAUUGUGGAUGUUGGCUUGCCAACUGGCUUUGUUCCUAACAAAGAUGAUCUAAACUUAUUGUCUAAGGGACAUGCCCGCACUAUUUCAAAGUUUGAGAUGGACCAAGCCCUGUCAGAAAGAGGCUCACUCAUCAUCUACCUGAACAAGAUUUCUCACAUACAGGAAGAGGAGAUCGCUUUUAGGAUCCAUCAGAAGCUGAAAGGGAACAUUUUACAACCAGCUGCUGUGUCUGUCUAUGAAUACUAUGACCGGAAACCUUGUGUGAAAUUCUACAACCCCCAGAGGAGAGGUGGAGGGACGAUGAGGUCCUGCGGAAAUGAGGAUUGCACAUGUGCUGAUGAGACCUGCAGUUUGCAGAAGAAGGAAAGCAUCAAAGAUGCAGACCGCACUGCAAAGGCUUGUGAGCACACAAGAACCAGUCAAAUUGAUUUUGUGUACAAAAUAAGAGUGGACGAGAUAAGAGAGGAUUUAUCCAGGGAUGUCUACAAAGUGACGAUAUUGGAAUCAAUUAAGGAAGGAAGCUUUGAUAAGGGUGUCAACGGCCUAACUCGCACAUUCUUCAGUUUUCCACACUGCCGAUCAUCUUUAGAUCUGGCAGAACACAAAACCUACCUUGUCAUGGGCACAUCCAAAGAUAUUUACAAGGACGAAAAGACUCAAUCGUAUCAGUAUUCAUUUGGGGAGAGGACCUGGCUCGAGUACUGGCCCACUGAGGCUGAGGGUCAAACUGACAAAUACAGAACUGCUUAUUUGGGCAUGGAGGAGCUCAAAAACGUAUACCUUAUAUUUGGAUGUGAGCUGUAAUGAAAGUGCUGUUUUUCAUUGUUUUUAUUUUACAUUAUUCAUAUGAUGUAAAACUUUUCAAUGAGAUUUGAGAUGCAGAAGUUGCAAUAUUAUAGCACAUACUGUUCAUUAAAAUGUAAAAGUCUU